AUGGUCUAUGUUGGUAAACCGUCAAGAGCCUGUGCUCACUGCAGGAGAAGAAAGCUCCGGUGUGAUCUUCGUAGCCAGGCUUGCGGCCAGUGUGUGAGGGCAGGCUUAGUGUGUGGAGGCUAUCGUGACCCAAACCAGCUCAGGAUCCAAGAUGAAAGCGAGGCGACGCGGCAAAGAGCCAUGGUCGGCGUGCAUAAAACCAUCCCGCCCAGGAUUCGGAUACCGCUAGAUGAGAAGGCCAAGAGCGCCUUCUUCUCCCACUAUGUGAUCGGCAUGGGCAGGACAUAUGAUGUCCUCGAACGUAUCGACACCCGCGCUUCACCAGAGCGGCAUCUAACUGCUAGUGUUGAUGCAGUCAGUUUAGCCUUUUUCCAUUUUCAAUAUGCUUUACCCGAGGCUUCAUCACUUGCGCGUCAGAAGUAUCUGUCGGCUUUACCUCUUGUCAACAGUGCUCUGAGGUCGCCCCAACAGAUAGCAAGUGAUUCGACACUACUUUCCAUCCUCUUUCUGGACCUGUAUGAGAAGAUAAUGAACAAUGAUCCAAGAUCAUCCGAAGCAUGGAUGUCCCACGUCAGGGGAGCUUUGGCAUUGUUCAAAUAUCGAAAGCGGCAGCAAUUUCAGACUUACGUCGGGCGGCGUUUGUCGGUGCGCCUUUUCACAAACAUGUUGAUCAGCUGUGUUGGAGCGGGUGAACCUGCUCCAGUAGCCUUGCUUCGAUUGCGUCAAGAGGUUGCCUCGCAUAUUGACGAUACUGAUCCAAAAUGGCAGGUAACGGGUCUUGUGAUGGAAUAUACCCUACUUCGAGCCGAAAUGGACCGCAAUGCCAUGUCGAACACUGAGAAAAUCAAGCUUGCAAAACAGCUUGACCACAAAUUUAAAGUGCUAGCGGACAACUUGCCAGCGUCUUGGAUUCGCCACAGAAUCAACCUCGACAAGCAGUCCGCCGAUGUGCUUGAGCCAUAUUACGACGUUUACCCAGACUACUUCGUUGCCCAGACCUGCAAUGUCAUCCGAAUCAUGAGAAUUUGCCUGAACGAGUCUAUCAGGACGUUGUAUACAGAGAUGGCUGGGGACGGCGAAGAUGCUGAGUAUAACGCCAGAUGUGGACGGUUUGCGUCUCAGAUCAUUGACGCGAUGGCCAAGGAGAUUUGUGCUGCUGGUCCUCAGUUCGCCGGCGCCGAGCAUAUUGUGGACAAGAAGGAUGACUUCUCCCCCAUCCGUAGACUUCAUUGUUACACUCUGCUGUUCCCCUACUAUAUGGCGGCUAGGUACGCCAAUCCCGAGACGAACAUCCUUCCAUGGGUUCUCAACCAACUAAGAUCAAUGGCGAGCAAUCCUGGUAUUCUACAUGCUCAACGAAUCAGCAAGUUGCUGGAAAGUGGAGAGAACAUCCCGCCUUGGUCAGUCUAUUGCAUACUGGGAAGUUAUGCGUUUGCUGCGUAG